AUGAACUGAUGUAUUCCUGCACAUAUAAAUAAUCCAACCGAUCAUAUGCUUUAGCUGCUUUGGGAACAAGAACUUGGACAUCCAACAUCACCCUUAUAGCAGUUAUGGCCUUCUCAUCAGAAUCCAGAAUAAAAGAGUACUUAUUGUAUGCUUUGCUCUUUAAUUUUAUUCAUGGACAUCUCAGCCUUGAUAUAUCAUCUUGCAAUGACACUUGGAGAAAACCAGACUAUGGCGAUAUUUCGGUGACAUGUGGACCACAAAACAUUGAGUUGAAUAUUUAUCUCUGCCCAAUAUAUUAUGAUGGUUUUAAUGAAUCUCAGAUAUAUAUGAAUGAUAUCUUUACUAACUCACAAUGUCAGGGAAUAAUUGACACAUCAGGCAGAGUCCCGGUUCUGAAAUUCAUCUUCUCAGUCAACGACAGUUCAACUUGUGGAAGUUCAUUUGUAAUCACCAGUAGUCCUGGUCAAGGGAUUUUUCAGGAUUUCUCCAACAUUCAGAGUGUAAAUAUCAGUGGAAUCAUUAAGUCAAGAGAUCCAAGUACAGGCAUUAUUACUUAUAGCUCAGCUUUAAAGUAUUUAUACUCUUGCCAAUAUCCCCUGGAGUAUAUUCUGAACAAUACCAGGCUUGAUGUAAUUGGAAAUUCAGUAGCAAUCAACACGAAUAAUGGCAGUUUCUUAAGCACAAUCUCUCUCAAGCUGUAUUCAGAUGCGACCUAUGCAAAAGAACUUACUAUUCCAAGCCCUGGAUUACAGAUGAAUAGUUCAGUAUUUGUGGAAGUGAGAGCAAAUAACUUGACAGCAAAGUUUUAUGUAAUGCUGGAUCGAUGUUAUGCUUCAGUGUCUCCAUUCCCGACAAAUUCCACCUAUUAUGACCUUUUCAUUGGAUGUAAAAAGGACACUUAUACAGAAAUAAUUAUGAAUGGAGGUGCCCAAUAUGCACGGUUUUCAUUCCGUACCUUCAGAUUCAUAGAACAAAAUGGUCAGCCAAUAUCAACAUGGUAUUUGCACUGUAUCACGCGAUUGUGUGCAGUGGCAGAAUGUGCACGAAUUAAACCAACAUGUUUAAGAAGAAGGAGAGAAGUGAGAGCAGACCAGAGUUCUUCCUCACCCACAUCUGUUUCUGAACCAGCAACUGUUACUUCACCUGCAAUUAGUACCAACAUAGACAAUGGGAAAACUGGAAGCUCUAGCAGUGAUUAUUCUGAAAUAGAUGCACAAGGCAUUGGGAACACUACUGUUGGCUUGGGAAUUACAGUAGGAUUACUGGCACUUCUCUGUCUGCUGACAGCAGCAAUUGCAUGCAUUUUGCACGGAAGACAAAAAAUGAAUACCCAAGAAAAGAACAGGCUACAAUAGAAUAACUAUUGUAUGACAUCUCUAUACUGUAUAACUGCUUCUGCAGAGCAGCUGUAUUAGUUUGGUAUUAGUCUAAAGCCACCUGCUUUUCUAAAAAUACAAAUUUUUAUAAUCUAAAAGAAGUAAUUCUUAUUAACUUGAUCUCACAUUUAAUAAAGGAUACUUAAAACUUUACAAAAUAUAUAUUACUAUAAAUGAAUUAUGCUGCACAGGUUGGAUUACAAUAUUUACUGACAGUUUAUUUAUACUUUGAACUGUUGGAAGUGAUUACACAUUUCUCUUUGCUCAUGCAAACCUCUUCAAAUUAAUUUGCAAGCAUUUACAAGAUAAAGUAUUGGUCAUUACUUGUUAGCAUGUAUAGAAUAUUGGACAUUUUUGUAAGCAUUUGUAGGGUAGUGACCAUCCCUGUUAGCAUGUGUAGGUUAAUUGCCUACAAAAUUAGGGUUUCUUUAUUUAUACUAUAUGUCUCCUUUAAUAUGAAAGGUUGCUUCUAAUCACUCAUUUUAGGCAUGAGCAGCAUAUUGAUCAUUGAGUAUAUUUCCCUUUACUGUUAAACAUUCUGUUUAACUCGCAUGUAUUUGCAAAGCCUAGAUUACAAUCAUUAAAUCAGGAGUAAAUUAAUCUUCCUUGUAAUCCUACUAAUUGAAAAUCAGGCAAAUAGGCUUGCCAAUGACAUGUUACAUGCAGAGUCCAUGUAAAACACUUCCAAAUGCAGUGCAAACCUAUGCACGUACACGUGUAAUUUAUAAUUUGUUCUUUGCUGUAACAGUAGCAUCAUUAUAUAUUUAAGCUCAAUUUGUGGCAAUAAAUUAAUGCUUAGUCAUGCUUCAUUUAAUGUUUAAAUAUUUAAUUAUUAUCUUUGUUUAUGGAUAUGUUGAUUCUUUUUCUAAAUAGAAAAUAAAAAGUAAAUCAUUUGC